UUAUAGUCUAUUUCUAUGUUAUUAUGAAUAUAUAAUAUAAAUUCAUAUAUGUUAGACGAUUCUAACAUAUAUUAGCGGCUAAGUUAAAACCGGCUUAAGCAUUUGAGACGAAUAAAAUUUGGCAACGGCGCUGCUUGCAAAAUAUUAUCAGCCGCCGUCAAGUUAAUAUCAGCCGCAACUUGUAUCUCUAUUUUCUAUCAAUCUGACUCUGUAGUCUCUGAUACGAGCGACAAUUAUUUUUAUUUUUCAUUUUUGUUCGUAUAACAGUUUUUAACCAAUAAAGAUAUUUUUAUCAUAAAAUAUUAUUCAAUCACAAGAAAAAUUUAUUAAAUUUAACAAUAUUUAAAAGAAAAACAAAGAAAAUUGUGUAAAAUAACAAAAAAAAUCCAAUAAGAAAGGACCAAUAAAAACUUAGAAAAAAAGAAAAGAAUCGUAAAAAACCCUGUGUGUGUUAAUUUGUGUGUAAAGUGCUGACAAGAAUUGUACAAAGAAAAGAACGAACAUAUAGUAAAGAGAGUGAGCAAGAAAGAGAGGGCAAGACAAGGUAACCGCAGACACAAACAAGGGGAGGUUGGUGGCUAAAGAGGCAACUACAAAAAAAAUAUACAUUAAAUAGCAAAACAUACAAAAAAAUAAACGAAAAAAAGUGAAAAAACAGCCACAACAUAUAAAAAAUAAGCAUUAAAAAGCUAGAAUAACACAUAAAACUUAUUAAAAGCUUUUUAGCAAAAACAACAUAAAGCACUACAAAUUUUUACCAAAAAUCUGGAAAAAAAUAACCUAAACCAACGAUAGCUGUUUGACGAAAGCAUAUCGAAGCACAAGUCAACAAUUUUGUUUUAUACAUUUUCUAUUUUCUAGACGGGGCGGGUCCACGUGAAAUGUUGCCAUUUACACCACAAGUUGUUAAACGUUUAUUGGCAUUAAAAAAGUGUAACGAAGACAGUGUCGAAGGCAAGUGGUCCGAAAAGGCCGUCAAAAAUCUAGCAAAGAAAAUCAAAAAGAAUUCCUCAUUGGAAGAAUUAGAACGAGCAAUAUCCACACAGAAUCCCAAUACCAGGUGUGUAACGGUACCGCGCAGCAAACCCACUGCUUCGGGUGAAAACCUACGCAAGGGUUUGCCGCAUGUUAUCUAUUGUCGUUUGUGGCGUUGGCCCGAUUUACAAUCGCAAAAUGAAUUAAAAGCUUUGGAUCAUUGUGAAUAUGCUUUUCAUAUGCGCAAAGAUGAGAUCUGUAUAAAUCCCUAUCACUAUAAGAAAUUGGAAUUGUCAAUAUUGGUGCCGAAAUCAUUGCCCACACCACCCGACAGUAUAGUAGACUAUCCAUUAGAUAAUCAUACACAUCAGAUACCAAAUAAUACCGAAUAUAAUGCGGCCACUAUACGCAGUGCUUCUUUAAGUCCGCCGCAGUAUAUGGAGAUUGGAGGCGGCAGUAGUGGUAGUCAAUUGCAGCCGCAACAAUAUCAACAACAUUCACCUUCAGCUUUCUUUAGUGGUAAUAAUAUGAGUGCUAGUGCUUCGCAACAGCAACAGCAGCAGCAGCAACAACAAAUGACCACAAAUAAUCUACCACCGGGAGCCUGCAACAUGGAUUCCCAAUCUAGUGUUUUAAGUGUGGGCAGUAAUAGUAUGCCCAAUACGGGUACUCCGCCACCCGGCUAUAUGAGUGAAGAUGGUGAUCCGGUGGAUCCCAAUGACAAUAUGAACAUGUCACGCUUGACACCACCUACCGACUCAGCACCCGUUAUGUAUCAAGAACCAGCCUUUUGGUGUUCAAUAUCUUAUUAUGAGCUCAAUACACGAGUGGGAGAAACUUUUCAUGCCUCCCAACCCUCUAUAACAGUUGAUGGUUUCACCGAUCCCUCAAAUUCCGAAAGAUUUUGUUUGGGUCUACUCUCCAAUGUCAAUCGCAACGAUGUUGUCGAACAGACACGCCGCCACAUAGGCAAGGGUGUACGUCUCUAUUACAUUGGUGGCGAGGUAUUUGCUGAGUGCCUCAGCGAUUCCUCUAUAUUUGUACAAUCACCCAAUUGUAAUCAACGUUAUGGUUGGCAUCCGGCUACUGUUUGUAAAAUUCCACCCGGUUGUAAUUUGAAAAUCUUUAAUAAUCAAGAAUUUGCUGCUCUACUCUCACAAUCGGUUUCUCAAGGUUUCGAGGCGGUCUAUCAAUUGACACGCAUGUGUACCAUACGCAUGUCCUUCGUUAAGGGCUGGGGUGCCGAAUAUCGUCGUCAGACUGUUACUUCAACACCAUGUUGGAUUGAAUUGCAUUUGAAUGGUCCAUUACAAUGGUUGGAUCGUGUUCUAACACAAAUGGGUUCACCACGUUUACCCUGUAGUUCGAUGUCUUAAAAUUGUGUGUAUAAAUACAUAUACACACACCUAUACACACCUCUAUCCCGUGCCCCGAAAAAUGUGGCUACUAAGUGUAAUGAUUAGGGAAAAUCUCUUGAGAAAUUGAUUAAGAGAUUUUCCGAUUUUAAGUAUGUUGUUCUUUAUAUGUAUAUGUUUUAUUUCUCUUUAAUUUUUUUCCUAUUGUGGACUAGACUAUAGGUUAGACUAUAGAUCAAUAUAUUGUCUAGAGUAUAGUUUAAACUAUAAUACAAAAUGAUUCUAGACUAUACUUUUACUUAUAGUCCAGUUUAUAGUUGUGUAUAUGGUCUAGGCUAUAGUCUAAAAUAUAGUCAGACCUUAGUUCAAACUGUAGUUCAGACUAUAGCUCAAACUAAGGGCCAGACUAUAGUUUAAACUGUAGUCAUUCUUUAGUUCAAACUAUAGUACAGACCGGCCCAUAGUUUGAACUAAGUGUGGACUAUAGUUUGUAUAUAGUUCACACUAUAGUUCAAACUGUAGUCCAGACUAUAGUACAAACUAUGGUCCGGACUAAGUUCAAACUAUAGGCCAGACUAUAGUUCAAACUAUAGUCCAGACUGAACCAUAGUUUGAACUAAGUCUGGACUGUCUACACUAUAGUUCAAACAGUAAUUAGUCCAAACUAUAGUACAAACUAUAGUCCAGACUAUGUUCAAACUAUGGGCCAGAUUGUAGUUCAAACUAUAGUCAUUCUUUAGUUCAAACUAUAGUCCAGACUAUAGAUCAAACUAUGGUCCAGACUAAGUUCAAACUAUGGGCCAGACUAUUGUUUAAACUAUAGACCACACUAUAGUUCAAACUAUAGUCCAGACUGACCCAUAGUUUGAACUAAGUAUGGACUGUAGUCUAGACUAUAGUUCAAACAGUAAUUAGUCCGACUAUAGUAGAAACUAUAGUCCAGACUAAGUUCAAACUAUUGUUCAGAUGGCCCACAGUUUGAACUAAGUGUGGACUAUAGUUGAUAUUUUAGUCUGGACUAGAAUUUGAAUUAUGGUCUUGACUUUAGUUAGAGCUACGUAUGGACUAUAGUCCAGAUUGGCCUAUAGUUUGAACUAAGUCUGGAUUAUAUUUUGUACUUUAGUCUGGACUACAGCUUAAACUAAAGUCUGGACAUAGUUCAAACUAUACUCAGACUUUAGUUCAAACUAUAGUCUAGACUAUAGUUCAAACUGUAAUCCAGUCUAUAGUACAAACUUUAGUGGAGACUAAGUUCAAAUUAUAGUCCAGACUUAAUUCAAACUAUAGACCCUAUUAUAACCUAGACUUUAGACUAUACUAUAGCUCAAACUUUAGUCCAGACUAUGAAAAACAUUAUGUAAUUGUUUUAUUUUCUUAUUAAAAUACAAAAAUUGAUAAUCUAAUAAUUUUUAUAAAAAAAAAU